AGCAUCAUUUUCUUCAUAACACCAUCCAACGACAAGGCAAACCCCACCAAAAAUGGUGGGCAAAUGGCUUCUGCGCCUGACAAUGGUGGUGAUGCUGGUGGCAUUGGUGAAUGGCAAUGAGUCUGUGAGGCCGGUGGUGAAGAUAGUGAAGGGCAAGAAGUUGUGUGAUAAAAGGUUGGGAGUGCAAAGGUCUGUCAGCAUACUGCUGCAAUGAGACCAUAUCCGACUACUUCCAAGCCUACCAGUUUGAGAACCUUUUCUCAAAAAGGAAUGAGCCUGUGGCUCAUGCUGCUGGCUUUUGGGAUUACAACUCUUUUAUCACUGCCGCAGCGCUUUACCAGCCUCUCGGGUUCGGAACCACAGGAGGGAAGCUACAGGGGAUGAAGGAAGUGGCAGCGUUUCUUGGCCAUGUGGGCAGCAAAACCUCAUGUGGUUAUGGAGAAGCAACAGGAGGGCCAUUGGCCUGGGGUUUAUGCUACAACAAGGAAGUGAGCCCCAGCAAACUUUAUUGUGAUGAAUAUUUCAAGUACACCUAUCCCUGCACCCCUGGAGUUUCAUACUAUGGCCGUGGUGCCCUUCCCAUCUAUUGGAACUACAACUAUGGAGAAACAGGGGAGGCCCUGAAUGUGGACCUGUUGAACCAUCCAGAAUACAUAGAACAAAAUGCUACCUUGGCCUUCCAGGCUGCAAUCUGGCACUGGAUGACCCCAGUUAAGAAGCAACUGCCUUCGGCCCACGACGCUUUUGUUGGGAACUGGAAGCCCACUAAAAACGACACUCUGGCCAAGAGAGUGCCUGGUUUUGGCACCACCAUGAAUGUUCUGUAUGGAGACCAAGUCUGUGGAGAGCAGGGUGAUACUGAAUCCAUGAACAACAUAAUCUCCCAUUAUCUUCAUUACCUUGACCUGAUGGGCGUUGGCAGAGAAGGAGGAGGGCCACAUGAAUUGCUCUCCUGUGAGGAACAGGAAGCUUUCAGCCCUUCUUCUACCUCUGCAACACCUUCCUAAGAUUUGUCCCUGGUGAUGUAUUAGCCUGUCCAUUGAUUAUUGAACCGAAAUUCUGUUUUGGAGAAAAUGGCAUUAAAUAAUGGAGAGCUAUCAUAACAUAAUGGAUAUGUUACAGACUUGACAUAAUUUUGAGGCUUAUUUUGCCUCCAAUUGGAGCAUCGUGCUUCGAGAUCAGCCCUGUUUGAUGGACUUGAUAGCCUUGAGGAGGGUGGUCUUAGGGCCUCCAGUUCAUACCCUGGUGAAGUUAGAGAGUGUGACAAUGACAAAGCUAUGGAUAGUUUGUAGGACCAAGUUUCUUUUCUCAAAAGAGUAAGCUUUAUUUGGCCUUAUUUCAAACUCCUGUCAAUCUAGGUGGAACUAUGGUGUUAUCGACAUACUUUAAUGAUUCAAAUUUGAAAAUCCCUAGAGGUGAGCGAGGUUGCUGAAAUGCUAGAUCUGGGUUUGAGAGAAGAAGAAGAAAGGAGAAGAGAGAGAAAUAAAGAAUAAGAAGAAGAAAGAAAAAGUGUAAUCCCAA